CAACAACAACAAAAUAUCAUUUUAUUCGGACUUUGAAUCUCGUAUCUUCGUCAUUAGAAAAGGAUGGAUUAUUCUACAAAAGUGACUGUAAAAAGCGAGCCAGAUCCAGAACAAGAACAGGAACACGAAGAGGAACAGGUUGAGAUACAGGCGGAUGCAGCAUCUCCUAGUUCUAGUAUCGAUUUACCGGAAAAUACACACCCGUGUCCAGCUUGUCCGUCAAUACUUCCGACAUCUCACGAUUUGACGAAUCAUCUGCGCGAACAUAAUUCACCAAGGAGUACAGAUUACGGUGGUGAAGAGGAUUACUGUUGUGCUAUUUGUCAAAAAGUCUUGAGUUCGGCAAGUUCAUUGGACCGUCAUGUGCUCGUACAUUCGCGUGAAAGGCCAUUCAAGUGUAAAUAUUGUGACAUAGCUUUCACAACGAAUGGUAAUAUGAACAGACAUGUUAAAAGUGCUCACCGCGGUGAAAGAUCACCGCCGCAAAGUUAUACCGAAUCAGAAAGUACGAGUAACGAUUCGGUAAAUUCGUCUAAAAGGCAACCAUUAGAGGAACACAACAACAACGAAAUAUCUAAACGUACAUCGCCAAAUUUCUUGAUUAGAGAAAGAUUAGCUAAAAAUUUAACGAACAAACGUAAAUCACCGUCUUUCACCAGGGAAGAUGAAAAUCCACGAAAGCAUAAGAUCUUGUUGAAUAAUUCAAGAACAGAGAUCAAACGUACGCCCAUUGAAACGCAAAAUUCUUACAAUUGUCCAGUAUGCAAUAGGCAAGAUUUCGCAACGAGCGGUCUCCUGGAAACACACUUGGAACAAAAUCAUCCAGAAUUCACGGCAAGGGCUAUGUGCGAGCAAGCUAUGCACCGACCGGCAUCCGGAGAAGGUACCAACUUCCAAUGCAGCAAAUGUUCAAGAGCAUUUCCUUGUUUCAAGUCAAUGAAAGAACACCAAAAUGAAUGUGGAACGAUGUCGUCCGAAUAUCACGAGGAAGAGGCACAGGAUUUAUUCGCUGCCGAAUUUAGGAAGAUGAAAUUAAAAGGAGAAUUCCCGUGCCGAUUGUGCACAUCGAUAUUUCCUAAUUUGAGGGCUUUGAAAGGACAUAAUCGUGCUCAUAUGGGCGUAGGACCAGGUGUUCCAUAUCCUUGCAACAUGUGCCCUUAUACUAGUACCGAUAAGGCCACACUUGUAAGGCAUUUAAGAUCUCACAAUGGUGAUCGGCCAUACGAGUGUUCGUUAUGCAAUUACGCUUUUACAACUAAAGCAAAUUGCGAGAGGCACGUUAGAAAUCGUCAUGGGAAAUUAACAAGAGAAGAUAUCAAAAGUGUAUUGAUUUAUCAUCCGAAUGAAGACUCGACGAAUGAUAAUAUAGGUAAUUCACCUAGAUUGACGAAAGACGAGGCGAGAAAAAGUUUGAUUUAUCCGAACGAUAGAGAAGAUUCGAUGCAACAACAACAGCAACAACAACGUUAUCUGCCAAUUCCGGUUGACUCUAAAGGUGAUAUUAGAGUAAUAGAAGAAGCUAAAUUACCUAGCCCUGAAUUAGCUUCUUCUAUUCGCAAUAUGAUAGUUAAUCAUUGCGAAAGCAAUGAUACUUAUGGGAGAUCGAGUAUACCAGGUUCCGGUCUUAUAUCAAGAACCAUGGAAGAAGCUACCACAUCUCAAGAUCAAAGUGGUAGGGCUGAUGAUGAUCUUGAAUCAAGGUCAUCCAAUGAAAGCGUCCCUCUAGUCAUUAAUAACGAAUCAGAUAUGCACCAAAGAAUGCAAGCUAGUCCGAUUAAUUUGAAAAAAAUGUCUAACCAAUCUAACACCGGAAAUUUAAAUCAAGAUGGACCGUUGGAUCUUAGCAUGGACGUUCUAGAUUUGAGCAAGAAGGCUAAGGAAAGAAACGGUGCUGGAUCAUUGAGAUCUAACGAAUAUCCUAACAACGAUCGUAGAGAAUUUUACGAUUCUACCAGUCAAUUAUUUUUAACUCAGGCUUUGUUGCAAGCAAGCCAAAAUACUUCACCGGGUACUUCGCCUAGUACCUCGCAAGGUAAUUCACAGACAAAUCCAUUACAAAAUUUCUACGCCAAUGCUCAAAUCAUUUAUCGCAAUUUGGGAUCGAUUUCUAAUCGCGUUAAUGCUGGAAUUUUAUCAUCCUACAUGUUUAAUUCGCAAUUUUUUGGACAAGACUUAAACAUCAGUGAUAGAAUUCAAAAGGAAUUCGCUAGGGGCUUGCAAUUAACCAGCGGUGGUACUUUAGUUGAUCCAUCGGUAAAUAAUAAUAAUUUUCCCGCAUUUCCACAAGCCAAUGAUGCACCGUCGCAAAUGGUAACCGAUCAAAAUGAUUAUACCAAUUUGCUCGGUACGAAGAUGACCAAUAAGACUAUAUCACCUCGGGAAAAGGUUGAUAAUUCGGUUUCAACGAAUUCGGUUAAAAUGAUCAUCAAAAAUGGCGUGUUAAUGCCUAAACAAAAACAACGAAGAUAUCGUACCGAACGACCAUUCUCAUGUGGACACUGUUCCGCUAAAUUCACAUUACGAAGUAACAUGGAGAGACACAUAAAACAACAGCAUCCAGAAUUUUGGAGUCAACGACCACGGGGUGGUCAUUCAACUAGAGGUAGACCACCAGCAAAUCAUCAAAAUAUAAUGAAAAAUUCUGGCCAAUCAAAUUCACAAUCAUCAUCACAAUCUUAUUCCAGCAUACUACCCAAAGGUGAUCCAUCAACAACGAAAGUAGAAUCAACCGGUAGACAUUCGAUUUCGGAACAAGUGAAAUAUGCUAUUCUGGCGCAACAAUUGAAGGCUAAUAAAAUGGAGGAUAACGAUACCGACGAAGAAUUGAUCAUCGAUGAAGAUCCAAUUGAUAAGGAGAUUCAAGAAUCUCAAGAACAAACUGAACAACGUUCCACGAGUUUGUUGAGAGGACAAUUGGAAGGUAACGAAUCUAAUAAGGAUAUCAUUGUGAAGGAAGAAAUAUUAGAAAGAGAUUCAUCUGACGUAUUUAAUAACGAACAAUCUAAGGAACAUAACAAUACCAAUGAAAAUGGCCAAAGUUCUGGUAAUGAACAAUCAAUCAAUGAUAAAACGGAUGAUACUACUUUGGAUGGUAAUUCGAGGCACACAUUUAAAAUGGAUAAUUGUAAUGAUAACAUUACUCAAGACAAACAAGAGGAUAAUACUGCUGAUCUUGCCAGCGUAUCUGAAUUAUUGGACAACGCUUCUCAUCAAUAUCAACAUUUUCAACCGCAAUAUUUGAGCGACGAGGAAGGUUUAGUCGCUUCUACGAGCGAUUUCAAUAAUUCCGGAAGCGAUGACAAAUCCGAUUCAGUUAAUUCCGGAAAUUCUAAUAACGCUUCUUCGAAAAAAAAAAAGAAAAAGAAAAAGAAGAAGAAAUCGGCAUAUUCUUUAGCACCCAACAGAGUAAUGUGUCCCUUUUGUGAUCGUCCAUUUCCAUGGACGUCGUCCCUCAGAAGACACAUCCUUACACAUACCGGACAAAAACCAUUUAAAUGUAUAUACUGUUCACUUUUGUUCACCACCAAAUCUAAUUGCGAUAGACACUUAUUGAGAAAGCACAAAACUAAUCCUUACAAGAUAAGAAGAGCUAGAAAUUCGUCAUCACCUGAGAGUCAAGUUGUCAAUACGAAUAAUACAUUUUCUAUGAGAAAUGUACCCGAAAGACCGUACAAAUGUAAUCAAUGUCCUAGUUCAACGUUCUCAACGUUAGGAAACUUGAAGAAACAUCGUUCUACCAAACACUCGCGUAAAAAUAAAUUGAGAUCCGUUUCGCCGUCUACAGAACCGCAAAAUAGUCCAUUACCAUCAUCUAAACAAAAUGAUCUUAGCGAUUACGAGAGCCGAUCGUCAAGUGUAUCGGAAAAUACUGAACAACAACAGGUAUCACCGUCAGAAACGCAAAAACAAAAUUCAAAUAAUUCUAACGCAUCGUUGUCCAACAAUGAAUUGUCAAGAUCACGAAGAACUUCACCGAGAUCAUCACCCGGUCCUAAUGAUGUACCAUUCAAGUGUCAUCUUUGUGAUUGUGGUUUUGCCGAUCGUCACGAUUGUUUAGAACACAUCAAAAUAAAUCAUAAUGAAUCUUACGAGAUGCUUGUAGCAAAGGGUGCUAUGGAUAUGGAUAUUGAUGGGUUGGAAGAUCAUCAAGUACCACCACCACCACCUCAACAACAACAUCUUAGCGAUGGGGAGGAAAGAAAAGGCCGAUUUCCAGAUUACAGUAAUAGAAAAGUAGUCUGUGCCUUUUGUAUAAGAAGAUUUUGGUCAGCCGAAGAUCUUCGUCGUCAUAUGAGAACCCAUACAGGGGAAAGGCCAUUCUCGUGUGACAUUUGUCUUCGUAGAUUCACAUUGAAACAUAGCAUGCUGCGUCAUCGUAAAAAACACGAAUCAGUCGAUUCAACAAUGUACGUUGGUACCAGCGGUGACGAAGAAAAUUCACCAACUCAACCACCUACGAUAACACCCCGUACACAAAAGCAACCACCAGUUUUAAUGGCAACCAAUAUCAAUAAUUCGAGAAUUCAAGAUAGAAUUUCGUUGUCUGUUGCAACCGGUGAUGCCGCGCCAGGUGGGGGUGGUUUUAUGAGAUACAACAGUUACGAAAAAUUAACAACAUUUGCCGGGAAACUUACCGCGAACAAUCCUCAACAACAUCAUCAUAAUAAUAAUGCAAUAAAUAAUGAUUUAUCCGAAAAUACUGACAACGAUUUGAUCUCGAAUCUUUUAGGUAUACGCGACAAAAGUUUUAUCGAUAAAGUUCUUCAAGCAUCACCCGACGAUGCUGCUAAAUUAUUAGGCGUACAACGUAGUCACGAAUGAAAAUACAAUUUUUAAAUUAACAUAAGUCCGAUAAAAAACAAUA